UUGAAUUAAAUUGGUGUAAAUUUUAAAAUAAAAAAUGAUUUAAUUAAUAAUCUCAAAGCAGGAACAAUUACUUAAUGAUGAAUACUGUGAAAUGUUUCUGGAUAACUUCAGAAUUAGGUUGUAGUGCAGGGAGAGACUUGGCUAAGAAACCAACUGAGAAGCUGGGAAAAUAAUAUUUAUUUGAUGAUGAAAGCAUAGAAAUUAACUGAGAAACUAAGACCAGAUUCAAGCUGGGGUCAUUGUAUGUCAUGCUGGAUUCUCAACUCGCUGGCCAAACAAGAAAAACAGACAUGUUACCCAGAAUUGGAAAUGUUUACACAUUUCAAUGUAAUUAAAGUCGCAAACCCUGUGCCUACUCCUUUGCUAAUCUCUCUAGGAGAUAUCGUUCUUUAGUUUGGACAAUAACACGCCAGCAAAACUCUAAUGCAUAGUAGAAUUAGAUAAAUCUCACUGCAAUUAGUAUGGAUCACGUCAUCAGAGCGAUAAACAUGUUAAGUAAAACACAAGAAAAGUACUGAAGAGAGUAAUGCUUGCACACUUCCACAAAGCUGUGAGAGAAGAAUUACAGCAGCCUGUGUCAGGGACAUUAUCAGCUUCUGCAGGGCCUCCUUGGUUUUUGUAGAAAAAAGGUGGGUCUCAAACAACUGCUGAGCAUGCGCAGGAGUAAUAGCCCCGUAGAAAUAUUCACAAGACUCAUAUGUUAAAAGUCGAUUAGAGACAAACUAGACCGGACGGCAACCGUGGAAAGUGAGAAAAUAAUUAUUGGGGGGAUAAUGGAGAACUUCGUUAUUACAGGGAAGUAUUAAAACAGAUCAAAACGAAAGUUGAUUUACAAACCAAGGACACCCUAAAGCGGAUCAUUUCAUGCAGCAGAAAUAGCAGACACAUUAGAAAUCGUUGAUGGUUAAAGUAUUUUAUUCAGACUUACGCAAAACCAAAAACGUUUUAAAAGCGUCUGACCCUUUUUACACCUUAUUACGUAAACACAUUUUUGUCUCAUACGCUCUCCUCCCACCACAUGACGUCUUCUUAGGUUCGCUGGUUUUCCAGCCUUCAGCUACACCUGCGCUUUUGUCGGAACGAGGUCAAAAAUGUUUUUCACGCUGUUUUCAGCAACCACCUGGACUUUGCUUGCCCUCCUUUUCACGUUGAUAUUACUGUACGGAUUAUGGCCAUAUCGGUUAUUCAAAAAGCUGGGGAUACCUGGACCGAGACCCCUGCCUUUUAUUGGAACGAUGCUGGGCAUGAAGAAGGGAUUUCUUGCUUUUGACCUAGAGUGCCAUGCCAAGUAUGGGGACGUCUGGGGGUUGUACGAUGGACGAACGCCAGUGUUGAUGAUUGCUGACCCUGAGAUUGUUAAAACUGUGAUGGUGAAGGAGUGCUACUCUGCAUUUACCAACCGCAGGGAUACCAGUUUUGUCAGUGGACCUAUGGAUGACGCCAUUACAGUAGUCAAAGAUGAAAGGUGGAAACGAAUUCGCAACAGCCUGUCUCCAUGCUUCACAAGUGGAAGACUGAAACAGGUUUUUCCCCUCGUUGCUCGCUAUGCAGAACGACUUGUUGCAAAACUUGAGGAAGCAAAUUUGGAUGAACCCAUCACUGUCAAACAGUUUGUGGCUCCUUACAGUUUAGACACUGUGACCAGUGCUUCUUUCAGUGUGGAGACAGACUCCAUAAACAAUCCAAAUGAUCCAGUUAAUGUUCAAGUCCAGAAACUACUUAAGAUGAAAAUUUGGCUUUUAUUCUUACUAAUGGCAUUUCCCUUUGGUGGACGUCUGGCAGAGCUCCUGAAAAUUGAUAUUGUGCCCAAGGACAGCAUUGACUUUUUCUACAACAUCAUCAAGAGAUUUAAAGAUCAGCAUCAUGAAGAGAAAUCUGACCGAGCAGACUUUCUGCAGGUGUUGAUUCAGAGUGAGAUCCCAGAAAAGACGUAUAAGGAUUAUGAAGAACAGCCAAGUAAAGGUUUGACUGAACAUGAGAUGCUUUCCCAGGCCUUGAUCUUCAUCUUUGGAGGCUACGAGACCACCAGUACCACUCUAACUAACAUCCUUUAUAAUCUGGCCACCAACCCUGAUGCGUUGCAGACCUUGCACAAAGAAAUUGAUGCUAACCUGAAGGAAGAUGCACCCAUUUCAUACGAGGAGCUGACUGGUCUACAGUACCUGGACCAAGUUAUACUUGAAUCAAUGCGUUUGAUUCCCACUGCCCCUCGAAUUGACAGGACAUGCAAAAAAACUGUGCAGGUGCAUGGCCUCACCAUCCCCGAGGGAACCAUAGUUGGGGUUCCUGCGUGGGUGUUGCACAAAGACCCACGCUACUGGAACUCACCUGAGCUUUUUAGACCAGAGAGGUUCAGUAAAGACAACAUGGAAGAGGUGAACCCAUAUGCGUUCAUGCCAUUUGGACUCGGCCCUCGUAACUGCGUUGGGAUGCGCUACGCCAUCCUUGUUAUGAAAAUGGUUAUUGUCCGUCUCUUGCAGAAGUACACUUUGGAAACAUGCAAAGAGACCAUGAUUCCACUUCAGUUUGACUGGAAGUUUCAGCCAGUUCAGCCUGUAAAACUCAAGUUUGUUCCCAGAAAUCAGUAGUCUAAGAGGGAGCUGCUAGCAUGAUGACGUUCAUUGUGCAUUUUUUUUCUACUGCUAAAUUUAAAAGGUUAUCAAGUCAGUGCAGUGUAAACACUUGAAUUUUCUUGCAGCAUUAAUAAAUUUUAAUGACUUUGGAUUUGUGCAAACAUUAUUUUGUGACACUUCUGCUUUAAAUUUGCUUUUCAUCAUUGUUUGAUUACUUUUGAUUUCUCUUUGUGUAUGCGUUUCAUGGGUUAAUAAGUACAAAGUAAAUAAAUAUAAAAUAAAUACAGUCUA